AUGUCGUGGCUUCUAAAGAAGGUUGUUCAUAAUGAGGCAAUGAAAGAGGAUCCGAAGGAGAUCUACGGAUGGAGGGUUUUCCUGCUGGCUUGUUCGGCCUGCUGUGGAGGAAUGCUCUUCGGCAUGGACUCUGGUAUCAUUGGCGGUGUUCUUACUAUGCCAGGAUUUAAAAAAACAUACGGACUGGAGAAUACCUCCAAAGUCGCCCAGGCAAACCUAUCAGCCAACAUCGUCUCAACCCUCCAAGCAGGAUGUUUCUUCGGCGCCCUAGGCGCCUCCUGGAUGGCCGAUAAGUUCGGCCGAAGAAAAUCACUCAUGGGUGCAGCGAUAGUAUCCAUCCUCGGAAUUGUCAUGCAGUGCGCAGCCAGCGGCCACCUCGAGGCCAUGUAUAUCGGCCGACUAAUCACCGGCUUCGGAGUCGGCGCCGCAUCAAUGAUCAACCCCCUCUACGUCGCCGAGAACGCGCCCCGAGCAAUCCGCGGCGGUCUAACAGGUCUCUACCAGCUGUUUAUCACAAUGGGCAUCAUGCUCGCAUUCUGGAUCAACUACGGCUCCCUCCUCCACAUAACCGGACCGGCAAUGUACCUCGUCCCACUGGCAAUGCAAGGUCUCCCAGCAGUUCUCCUCCUGCUGGGUAUGUCCCUUUGCAAUGAGUCCCCCCGCUGGCUGGCCAGACAAGACAGGUGGGAAGAAGCACGCGCAACACUCUGCAAAGUGCGCAACUUACCUUCGGGCCACCCCUACCUGGAAGAAGAGUUCCAAGCCAUUGCCACCCAGCUCGAGCAGGAACGCGCUCUUGUGGGUGGUUCUGGCUUCUGGGAUCUCAUGAAGGAGAUGUGGCUCAUUCCUGGGAACAGGAAGCGGGCUAUCAUUUCUAUUAUUCUGAUGGUCUGUCAGCAGAUGACUGGAACUAACGCUAUCAACUACUAUGCGCCUCAGAUCUUCAAGAACCUCGGCGUCACAGGAAACGCAACAAACCUCUUCGCAACGGGCGUCUACGGCAUCGUCAAAAUGAUCAGCUGCGGCGUCUUCCUAAUCUUCGUAGCAGACUCCCUCGGCCGUCGGCGCUCGCUCCUCUGGACUUCCAUCGCGCAGGGCCUAGCAAUGCUCUACAUCGGACUGUACGUUCGCAUCGCACCGCCAGUCGAAGGCGCACCGGUCAUUCCAGCCGGCUACGUGGCUCUCGUGUGCAUUUUCCUGUUUGCGGCGUUCUUCCAGUUUGGCUGGGGGCCUGUUUGCUGGAUUUAUGUUUCGGAGAUUCCGACGGCGAGGUUGCGUUCGCUCAAUGUUGCUUUUGGCGCUGCUACGCAGUGGUUGUUUAAUUUUGUCGUUGCUAGGGCUGUGCCUAAUAUGUUGGCUACUGUUGGGGAUAAUGGUUACGGGACUUAUAUUAUCUUUGCUUGCUUCUGUUUCUCUAUGUGUGUCUUUGUUUGGUUCUUCAUUCCUGAGACUAAAGGCAUGUCUCUUGAGAAGAUGGAUGAACUCUUUGGCGUCACUCAGCUCUUCGAUAGUAAGACUGCCGAUCCGGAACAGGCUCCUGCUGUAGAUGAUCUAGACAAAGCGGCACAUGCGCAUGUCAUGAGAGUGACUUGA